AUGAUGAGCAGCUGCGAGGGCAAAGUGGAGAUGGAGGCCAUAGCCUAUGGAGAUCAGGAGGUCGAUUACAUAAAUCAGUGGAUUGUGCAGCUCAUUAAGGCGAUCGCGGACUUUGACUCGAUACUGAUGCCCGGGCAGCUGCACACAAAGCACCGGCUUUGUCCGAGACGGGCAACGACAAGAUGCCACAGAUCCAUUUGAGACUGCCCGUCAAGAUGCCCGUGAUAUUCAACACGUCAUGCUCGGAGGCUCUGGCCGACUGCACCCGGCUGCACUGGGGCAGGAGGAGCAGGAGCCUGGGGAACAGUUCGAGAUCCGCUACAAGCUCCUCCAGCCGACCAACAUGGACGAAGGGAACCAGCUAGGAACGGUGAACUGUGACUCCUUCUGAAUACAGGUCAACAACCUGCUGGCGCAGAUGUGCUACGAGUUCACGGUGAAGCAGGCCGAUGCUUACUGCCUGCUCAACGGGUUCUGGAACGACACCAUGGUGCUCAGAAACUAUCACCAGAGGGCUUCACCGUGA